CUCAAUUAAUUAUUUUUAUUUUACAAUAGGAUUUUUUACUAUCAUUUGCCUUUAUUUGUUUUUUAAUAAUAAUUGCAAAAUGGUUGUGUAUUGUCGUGUUAAGAUUUGUAAGCACAAAAGCAAGGACAAGUGUACAUUACAUCGUUUCCCGAAAAAUAAUAAUAAUCUCUGCAAAGAGUGGGUUCGUCUUACAGGAAACGAAGAUUUACUACAUAAACAUCUGGAGGAUUUAAAUAAUGAAAGGAUAUGCAGUUGUCAUUUUACUUCCGAAGAUUAUACUCCCGGUAAAAAAUUGAAACUUGGAUCAGUGCCAACGAUUUUUUUUGAGAAUACGCCACCCAUUGAUGAUGAGAAAGUGGAAAAAUUUUUUUUAACUUCUAAUCGUCUUGCUACAACUGCCUCCGUUAAACCUCUUGUGGACAUUUCAAAUCCAAAGGCUAUUACUCAUAAACAGCCUCAGAUGAUCAGGAUUGUCCAGAAUGUAAAUGAGAUUGAGCAACCAUCAGGGCAUAUUGAACAGUUUACGACUGUUGAAAAUCGUGAAUUUACCGUAUGCCCGAUGUUAGAAGAUGUAAAUCAAACUUCACAACGAAUUAUACAUCACAAAAGAAAAGUCUCUGAAUCGGGAUCUGGAACAAGUGAGGAGUCUACUGAUACAUCUGUGUCUAAUAAGCGAUAUCGUACAUCAGCUUUUUUAAAUGGAAAACCAAUAAAAUUUGAAAAUUUAUGUGAACAACCAGAUGACAACUCAAAUUUAUCAUAUGUGAAAAGUGGAAAGAUAGUAGACUUUGAGUCUGAAAGCCUUCAAAACUUGACACAACAUGAUGAAUAUGUUGAGGUAACAAAUAUUACCAAAAUUGUGAAUAAGUUUGAGCAACUAUGUAAAUCGUUAGAACCUACUCAAUUAAAAGGAUUAUCAUAUAAAAUAGAUUUAUUAGCGAAUUAUUACUGGCAAAAGAAUUAAAAGAAUUCUUUAUCUGGUUAGGUAGAUCUAUUGUAGGCUCUUAUCAUAAGAGUAGAAUCUACCUGAUUUAAAUUUGUAAAUAACAGCAAUUAAUAUUCGUCGAUAAGUAAAUUAUAAAAAUUCAAUUGUUUAUACUUUUCUCAAUUGUAUAUACUUUUCCCAAUUGUACAUACUUUUAUCAAUUGUAAAUACUCAAUACUUUAAUUCUUUUAAUGCCAGUAUUAAAUUCGGUUACUUUUAAGAUUAUUUAUCGAUUGGCAAUAGAUAGUGAAAGCUUUACUUUAUUUAUUACACGGAAACAAUUAAACACAAAAAUUUAUACAGAUUCUAGAUAAUUUUUAACGUUUCAUAAUAAUAUGUCGUCCUCCGGGGAGCAUAUAUUGAAAUAUUACUAUUUAAAAUCUAAUUUUUACCGUUUGAAAUGCUAUUUUUUUCGG